UCGUUAGCAAGCUUACUAGCAAAGUGAGUUUCAGUUUCAGAUUAAUACUGAAUAUUAAUAUUUAGUUAUAAUAUUGAAAACUACUUACUUACAACCAAUAAAAAUGAAUUGGGUUGGAGGCUCCAGGAACCGGUUAGUGAUGAAGAAUGAUACAAAAAAGCAAAGGGAGUUUUUUGCAAAGAGAAAACUGCAGCAAAAACUAAAGACGCUGGGCGUGAUUCCACCCGGCUCCUCAGCUGGGGACAAAUGCUCCGGGAGCACGGACCUUUUGACCUUGUUUGUUGUCAACCAGAUAGCUUCCAAAAAAACAAAUCAAGAACCUCCAAAAGUUGCAGUCUUUGGCAGGUCUAAAGGAGCCAAACCUUGGAGAAACGAGCCCUUGGUUCUCCCAAUGAGCCCGUGCUCUCCAUCAAACCUCAGCCUUGCUGAUAGCCCGGCUCAGUUCAGUUUUCAAGAAAUCAGAAAAAUAAAGAGUUCGCAGAGGAUCACGAAUGGACGGUUAUCACCAGUCCUGGAGUCAGGGUUCUCGGACAACAGCGCGUCCGACUACCUUCCACACACUUCCCCUUCCACAUCGUUCGCUUCAGGCCGAGGAUUAUUCCCGCUGCAGACGAAUGAGCAGAAACAAAGUCUCACUCUGUCACAGCCUCUUCCCCACUAUUCUCCACCACCUUGGGACACAUCAGCGCUGCAGCAAGCUGAGUUUCAGCCCUUCUCCCAGCCCAGAGGUAUGACCAAUCCCAUCUCCUGGUCUGUCAGAUCCAACCCACCCUCUUUCCAGCUGGAGACCCCCACGCCAUCCCACGUCCUAUUUAGAAGUCCAAAACCAGAUAAAACUGAAGCAGGAGGUCAUGGAGGUCAUUCCGGUCCCUUUUGUCUGGACCAACUGGAGACCAACCAGCCCACGCUGGACUUUCCAAUAAGCCAAUCAGAGCCUAUCCAUCUGUUUGAAGAGAACAUCUUCACAAUGUUUAAUGAUAAUACGCAUGGAACAGAAAGUGCGCUCUUUGGGAAUGGAUGCUCAAAGAUAUAUCUCAGGAAGGAAUCAUCAGUGAGGCUUUCAUCCCCUCAAACUGUACCCAGUCCUCAGGCUGUUGGAAUGGAGCUCUCCAACGGCACUCACAGAAAUUCCACAUGUCUUGGAGAGAAUGCUGGGCUUUUGAAAACCUUUGAAUAUUUGCCAAGUUGCUCAUGCAGAGCAGGUUACCUCAGUUCAGACUCCGAUGAUGAUGAAUCUUGCUGUGAGUCAUGUGGCCAUGAGUCUGGUUUUUAUUUGGAUGAAGCUUGCUCUGACAAUCUGAAAUCAGCCUCACAGAGAAUUACAGUCCUUUCCCAACCGAGGCCUCUCACCCCGUUAACGAGAUCCAGUGUGAAUGUUGGAGACAGCCAGAACAUGAAGCCGAAUGAGGCCAGCACAGAUAAUAAAGCCUCUGGAUGCCAGCUGUCAGUGAGCUCCGUGACUCCCCCGUCAACUCAUAACUCCAAAGUGUGUAGAUGUAAGAAAGCCGAGAGUCGAGACGCAGCGACUCAGACUGUGUGCUCCGGCACAGCUGGCACGUGUGAUGUUUCGACUCAGUGCAGCUUCGAUGCAAAUGACGAGACCAAAGUCAGAGCUUUGUGUCGACCAGCUGUUGACGCAUCGCGACAGUUUCCAGUGAAUGAGAGGGAGACUGACAUGGAGACACAGACACUCAGAGCACCAUCACAAGGCUCAGCGAGUAAAGGAGCAACUCCUUGGAGCAGGAAGGAAUCGAGGACGGGUUCAGGAGGCAGGGUUUUCAACAUUGUUCCUUCAGAGAGAAUCCUGCAGGAACCCAUCAACCCCUUGCUUGGUGUUUGGAGGCCAAAAGGAGAGGAAAAUGGAGACGAGAGCGAGCAGACAGGGCCAGACAGGGAGAACCUGGUGAAGGAGGAGUCAGACGAAGGAAGAGAAGAGGUCAGGGGUCACACACUGUCGGAGGAGGUGGAGACGCUUCGAGAAAUAGCCGACGUUUUGCUUCUGCUGAGGCAGAAGUAAACAAAGGAUGGUGGACACAUAAGCAAAAGUAAUAUAUUUAUUAUACCUUUGUGUUUAAUGUUUUCUAGUGUUUAAUUAAAAUAGUCUGUUGGUUAUGUUGUUGUGUAAUGAAACAAGAAGCCUUUAAGCAUUA